GGGAUCGGGAGGUUAGGGGAGCCUAGGGCAGGGGCGGGGCCUCGAGGCGGGGCCAAAGGACCAGUGGGCUGGACACUCGCCUUUCGGUGUCAAGCUGCGGCGAAGCUAGGCGGCGGGCUGUGGAUGGGGACGAGACUAGAAUAUUCUGAGACAGGGUCGGGUGGGAGUUGGGAGAGGUAACGUGGAGUUGUUGCCCCAGAUGCGGCUCAGCUCCAGUGGCCACACCAAGAAGGCUUGGGGCCGGGGGCGGAACCGGGGAGGUUUAUUUGGUGGCUGGGGGCAUGGGUUUGAGUUCCUUGACCAGCAGGACGUGUUUGGAUUUGGGGAGGCUCUAAUCCCCUGGUCGAAGAACCCUGAGCUGUCUGGCUGGCCUUUCAUAGUAUCCGACCGGGGCGUCCUGGCCCGCCGGCAGCUCUAUCUGACCACCUCGGCGCGGGACUUUCGGUUCUAUCCCAAGAAGGAGCUGUCGGGAUACCCCCGCAAAGACUCCCUGACUUACUGGAGCUUCGAAAAGAUGCCCCAGGUCUCGGGGCACGGACUGCAGCAGCCGCCCCGACCGCCACGGGUCCGCGUGCCCCGCGCCCGCCCGGUGACUCUGGCUGUGCCGCACCGCGGGGCCUUGUCUCUGGCUCAGGAGUCCUACAGUCUCCCGUUGCACCCACUCCGCUCGCUCGACCGCUUCUGCCCGCUGGAGGCGCCCUGGGGCGGCCCCCACUGGAAGCCCCUGCCGGGCAUCCACGCCGUGCCGAAAGCCUACAGCACCGAGAACUCCAGCUACGGCAGCUUAAAGCCGGCGCUGGUGUGAGCCGGCCGGGCAAGCCCCGCCCCGGACACGCCCCCUGGGCACAGGGGCGGAGCCGAUCCGGGAAGACCCGGAUCCGGCUCGCUGGGCGGAGCCGAGCUCAGGAGCUCCGCCCACUACGCGGGGUCUCGACCGAGCCUGGGUCACACUCACUGAGUCUAUCGGCAAUGUGCGGGCGGGACUAGCCCAGACACGCCCCGCGGCUUCGUGGGGAGGGGGCUAAGUCCAGAAAAUGUUCAUGCAGGCUGUGGCCCCGAGGGCAGGCACGCCCCCUGCGGGUGUUUUAAAUAAUGAGUUAAAUAACGUGAACCACGCUCAUUUCUGGAGACUGCUCUGGGCUUCCUGGCUGAGAGUGGUGUGGGAGAAGGUUCCUAAGGGAGAGGUGGGGCUCCGGCUGAAUCCCUGUUUGGUGAGUAUCUGGGUCCAGCGGCUCCCCUCGCAGCAGUCUCGCGGAGGCCCUCUCGGACUGGGCAGAAGCUAACACCGAAGCCGCGGCGCUCCUGGGAAUCUGGACUGUGGUGCAGGAAUGGCUCUGGUGGAGGGACUGCUGCUGUGUCUGCUGCUGAGCACAGGUGGGGCAUGGGCAUCCAAGGAGCCACUUCGGCCGCCGUGCCGCCCCACCAAUGUCAUCCUGGCUGUUGAGAAGGAGGGCUGCCCUGUUUGCGUUCCCUUCAACACCACCAUCUGCGCCGGCUACUGCUCCAGCAUGGUACGAGUGAUGCAGACCUUGCCGCCCUUACCCCAGACGGUGUGCAACUACCACGAGCUGCGCUUCACCUCCGUCCGGCUCCCUGGCUGUCGGCGCGGCGUGGAUCCCGUGGUCUACAUGCCCAUGGCUGUCAGCUGUCGCUGUGCACUCUGCCGCCGAAGCUAUUCUGACUGUGGGAGUUUCAGGAACGAGUCCCUGGGCUGUGACUACGCCACCUCCCAGGACUCUUCCUCUAAUGUCCCUCCCAGCAACCUUACAAGUCCAUCCCAACUCCUGGAGCCAGCAGUCACUCCAUUAGUCCCACAAUAAAGGCUUCUCAAUUCGCA